AUGACGCUUGCCGAUUUAAACGCAAAGGCCGAAAAUACCGGAGGUCUGGAAGCACCCAAUAAUACAGGAAACGAAAACUUCUAUAUAAUAUUCUGUUUUGGGGAUUGGAUAGCUGGUCUCAAGUUUAAAGUGACAAGGCAGGAAGCAGUCCUAGUGGCUCCUUCUUUGCCCACUCCUAACGACCACCUCUAUCUUUCCAACCUUGAUGAUCAAGCGGGAGCAAGAUUUCACAUUCCUGUGGCUCUUUUUUAUAAGCAUAGCUUUCUGAAAGAGGACCAAGAUCCUGCGAAAGUUAUCAAAAAAGCACUGGCAGAGGUUCUGGUGGAUUACUAUCCUCUUGCUGGAAGGUUGAGAAAAGAAUUUGAUGCAAAUGCCUCUCUUAUUUUUAGCUGGAUUUGUGUUACUCGUUUGAAAUGUAAGGGAUUUAUAUUUGCUGUACUACUUAACCACAUAAUGGCAGAUGGGAUAGGACUAUCCCAAUUCUUGACAGAUCUGGGAGAAAUAGCGAUGGGAGCAAGUGGCUUGUCAAUUUCUCCAGUAUGGAAAAGGGAAACCCUCAAGCCUCGCUCAAAACCCUCAAUAAGUUUACCUCUCUAUGCAUAUGAACAAGUCGUGGGAGAAGUUAUGUCAGUAGAUGACUUGGUCCACUCAUCUUACUUCUUCGGGCCAAAGGAAAUCGAAUCCUUGAAAAGAGAAGCGUGCAUGAAAGCCUCAAGUUUUGAAGCAUUAUCAGGGUUCCUAUGGCGCCUAAGAACCAGAGCCCUCAAUAUUGCGGCAGAGAAAGAGGUGCGAUUAAUGUUCCUAACAAACAUCCGCUCCACAAUUGAACCUCCACUUCCACAUGUCUAUUAUGGCAAUGCAUUCAUCUUGUCUUGUGCCAAGACCACAGCCGGAAUGUUAUCGAACAAUCCCUUAUCUUAUGCAAUAGAGUUAAUUAUCAAAGCUAGAAGAUCUGUUAACAAUGAAUAUAUACGAUCCACAAUAGACUUUAUGGAGAUCAAAGGACAUCCACAACCCACUGCACUGGGAAGUUUGAUAGUUUCUGAUCUUACAAAGAUUCGGUUUAGAGAUGUGGCUUUUGGGUGGGGGAAAGCAAUCUAUGGUGGAACUGCCAUAGGUGGGGUGGGAGCUAUACCAGGCAUUCUUACCUUUUUUAUUCCUCAUCAAAACAACCAUGGAGUUGAAGGAAAAUUGGUUCCUAUUUCUUUGCCCUCUCAUGCCAUGCAAAAGUUUCAGCUAGAAUUGGCACAAGCCAUGCAGAAGGAAGCUCUCCCUUUUAUACGAUCAUCCAUAUAA